UAUCAAUUGUUUGUGUUGGGCUUGUGUGUUGGGCGAUGUCUGUCCCAAUGGGUCUGUCCUGUCUGAAUGGGUCGAACUGUCGAUUUUGGGAAGUGGGAGUGCUUAAUGAAGUCCUUUUUGCUGGAUUUUAACUGUUAAAGUCUGGAUGCCCAAGGGCAAUGACGGUUCGCAGAGAAUGAGAAUGCACGUCUGCCCGGCCACCUCAACCUGGGCUUCAAGCUUGAGCUGAAUGAGGUGCGAUCAGUAAGUACUGGUCAUGACAGUUGCAGCUGGUGAGGCUGACAUGUCUGUUCAAAACCAUAAUGGUCAAGUGACUGAAGGGAUGUCGGUUGGUUCAAAGCAAGAUGACAAUCCCAGGAAUGCAUAUUCAAUACCCGGGAUCUUGCACUACAUCCAACAUGAGUGGGCGAAGUUUGAGCUGGAGAGAUCCAAGUGGGAUGUUGAGAGAGCAGAGCUGGAGGCAAAAAUUGCUUUUCUACAAGGAGAAAGAAAGGGACAAGAAAAUCUCAAGAACGACUUGGUGAGGAGGAUAAAAAUGCUGGAGCAUGCCUUGAAACAGGAACGGGCUAGGUAUCACAAGCUCAAAUAUGGUGCUGAGCUCUCACAAGGUGACCUGAAGCCUCCAGUGUUUGAUGAGGGCAGUCAAGAAGACAUCAUGGAGGGUGAUCAAAUGAUCACAGCAAACAGCAAUAUUUCCUGGCGUCAAGGUCGACAGCUUCUAAGGCAGUACUUACAUGAGAUUGGCUACACAGACACUGUGAUUGAUGUGAGAUCAAAUAGGGUGAGAUCCCUGCUAGGACUGAAAGAGAACAAAAAUGGUAGCCCACCACUUGUGAACAGUGAGCCAGUGAUUGCCAAAGGAGAUGGACAGUCAAAAGCAGGAGCACAGAGCAGAGCAGGGCUUUUAUCUGAGGACAUGCUGAGGGAAGCAGAGCAGGCUGUUUUAGAAAACUUUGACUUCUUGAAUGAUGGUGUUGAAGUGGAUGAUGGAGAUGAUGAUGAUGAUGACUGGAAAAGUGAAGAGAUCAACACUGUAAAAGAGGAAAAGAGUGCAGGUGACGAUGAGUCUGAUGCAUCAAGUAUGGUGAUGGCUUUGAAGUCCCUAGAGUUCAACUUUGGGAACAUUGGCAACAUAGUGAACCCUUGGGAAGACAGUGGUGUGAGAAUGGUGGAUUCAGAACGCCAGCAGUCACAGGCCAGGCAAAGUGCUGGACAGUAUGGUGUUGGUGUGAAUGAUGAAACUCUUGAACAAAUGGGCCUGGGAGAGCUUGCCCAGCUGACUGUCUCCAAUGAUGCAGAGGGCAUGUAUGAUGAUGCAGUCGCAAGCAAGGAGUCAUACUCAAAGAUGUGGAAUGCCAAGUACACGCUGAGAUCCCACUUUGAUGGGAUCAGGGCAUUGGCCUUCCAUCCCAUUGAGCCAGUGCUGGUCACAGCCAGUGAAGAUCACACGAUGAAGCUGUGGAACCUGAAGCGCACUAUUCCUGCCAAGAAGUCGGCGUUUCUGGACGUUGAGCCGAUCUACACAUUCCGCGGCCACGUGGGCGCCGUGCUGUGUGUCAGCAUGAACCCGACCGGCGAGCAGUGCUACUCGGGCGGCGUGGACGGCACCGUGCGCGUCUGGAACGUGCCCAACUCCAACAUCGACCCGUACGACGCGUACGACCCGGACGUGCUCAGUCUGACGCUGAGCGGCCACACGGACGCCGUCUGGGGCCUGGCCUUCCACACGCAGAAGCCGCAGCUGCUCUCGUGCUCGGCCGACGGCACCGUGAAGCUGUGGAGUCCCGGCAGCAAGGCGCCGCUGCUGCAGUCGUACGCCGCCGAGCCGGCCAUGGGCGUGCCCAGCUCGGUGGACUUUGUGCACGAGGACUGCAGCCACAUGGUGGUGGCCUACACCAGCGGCCGCUGCGCCGUCUACGACCUGGAGACGUCCAAGGUGGUGAUGCAGCUCGAGUCCAACCAGAACGUGGAGGGCGGCGCGGCGCGCGACCAGCUCAACUGCGUCGUCUCGCACCCCACCAUGCCGGUGACGGUGGCCGCCCACGAGGACCGCCACAUCCGCUUCUACGACAACGUCACCGGCAAGGUGGUGCAGGCGAUGGUGGCGCACCAGGACGCCGUCACCAGCCUGGCCGUCGACCCCAACGGCCUCUACCUGCUCUCGGGCAGCCACGACUGCAGCGUGCGCCUUUGGAACCUGGAGACCAAACAGUGCGUCCAGGAGAUCACCGCGCACCGCAAAAAGAGCGACGAGAGCAUCCACUGUGUCGGCUUCCACCCGACCAAGCCGUACAUUGCGUCCGGCGGCGCCGACGCGCUCGCCAAGGUGUUCGUCUAGGCCGCGCAGAGGCGGCGGGCGGCUGUGCUGGACUCGAGGUGACGCCGCCGGACAGUGGGUGAACAGUGGACAUGUGCGCCGAGUCAUUGCGAGUGUGUGCGACUGAUGAUUCGUUUCUUUUUAUGUCAGUCAUUGAGCAGGUGAUUUUAAUGAUAGGUUUCGUCCUCCGAUUACCGAUUAUUGACAGUGCGCGAAUUUUAUGAGAAUUCUGAGAUUAUACGACGGUGGUAUUGAUGGUGCGGCGGUGGCCGUCCCGUGGCCCACGACGCUGCCUCGUCAGCUGGACAGAGGUACGUCCUCGCCGCCGAAUCUGGUGAGUUGGGCGCUCUGCGCUGAUUGGUGCAGCCAACUUUUUGGAUCAGUUCGCAGCAGGCGGCUCGUUUUCAUCUUCCGUCGGCGCUGUCGGCUGUACUCACUGCGACUAUUCGGGUAGAAACUAGUGCAACCUGCCGACAAAUUGUUUUUUUGAUUAUGAUUAUGUGCAUAUUCAACACUCGGUAACGAGCCUAACGUGUUCCGUCUGCGCUCUUGAUUUUGUAAUUAACAGACCGCCCACCGGUGGUGCUACUUGAACCGUUUACUGCUGCGCUGAUGGUUCUAAGUUGUAUCUUGAGUUGCACACUUCCUCAAGCAGAGAAAUAAAUGAUUCGAUUUUC